AUGGAGCGGCUGGGGGAAGCGCGCGUCCGGGACCCACUGCGGCUGCUCCCGGGGGGCUUCUGGGCCGCCGUCCGCGUGUGGCUGGAGAAGCCGCAGGUGGCCAACAAGCGGCUGUGCGGCGCCCGCGUGGAGGAGGCCCGGAGGGUCGCCCGGCCCCUGCCCCUGCCCCUGCCCGGGCCAGGCGGGGAGGGGCCCGCCGCCGCCCCCCGGCCGCCGGCGCUGGAGGCUGCUUGGGCAGCCUUGCGCUGCCGCGAGGACUGUGAGGCGCUGGGCCUCCUCGAAGGCACCGCGGGGAAGCAAGAGGAGCUGGAGGUGGUGCUCAGGACCCUCGUGCCCAAAGGCAGCCCUCCCGCGCCCGCGAAGGAGGUGGUAGUAAAAGAUGUCUUUAAUGGGAUUGCAACCUUUUUGCCAUUGGAGCAAACACAUGAAAGCAACUAUAAGGUCAAGAAGUGCAACGUUUAUCAAAUUCGACUUCUGCACAUACAAGACGAUGAAUGGUCUCUGUCAAUUUUAUCAUCAUCUCCAGAAAACUAUAUUUCAGAUGGAAUUGUUUAUCCUAAAACUUUGUGGCUUGGAAGGAAACUGCUCUCUAAACUGGCUAAAUGGUCCACAGAGACCACGAAGCAAGAAUUUAAGAGUACACUCUCUCUCAUUUCUGUGGCUAGAUACAGCAAAAUUUAUCAAGAUCUGAAGGAAAAAUACAAGGAUAUUGUAAAGGUUUGGCCUGAAGUAACAAAUCCUGAAAAGUUUGUAUAUGAGGAUGUUGCUAUAGCGGCAUAUCUAUUGAUCCUUUGGGAAGAUGAAAGAGCUGAGAGAGGAUUAUCUAAGAAGCAGUCUUUUGUGGAUCUUGGUUGUGGAAAUGGUCUCCUAGUUCAUAUAUUAAGCAACGAAGGGCAUCCAGGCAAAGGGAUUGAUGUCAGGAGAAGAAAAAUAUGGGACAUGUAUGGCCCACAGACAGCCUUGGAGGAAAAUGCAGUUAGUCCAAACAAUUUGUAUCCAGAUGUGGACUGGUUGAUUGGAAAUCAUUCAGAUGAACUGACACCAUGGAUACCUGUAAUUGCAGCCAGGUCUUCCUAUUCUUGUUGCUAUUUUUUAUUGCCAUGCUGCUUCUUUGAUUUCCAUGGAAAGUACAACCGAAGGCAAAGUCAGAAGACCCAGUACAGAGAAUACCUUGAUUUUGUUACAGAAGUGGGAUUGGUAUGCGGCUUUAAUGUGGAAGAAGAUUGCCUUAGAAUUCCUUCAACAAAAAGGGUAUGCUUAAUUGGGAUGUCCAGAUCAUAUCUAGCAACGCAAGACACAGUACUUGAUCAGCAGCGAGCACAAUAUAUCAGGAGCCGCCAAUCCUGCAGCCCAACAGCACCAGAUGAGACGGACGGGCUGCACCAGAACGGCAGCCUCUCAACUGUAAGCGAUGCCGCCGGCCUGGUGGCAGAUGAAGUGCCUCAAAAGACAGAGGUGGGAAACGACUUAAUAUCUGGAUUUCUGCCCAGGGGAAAAGAACAAAUUAGGAACUGCACUGCUCUUCCUAGGGAUUUUGUAGACAAAGUAGUUUUGAAAGUAGCAAAACUAUUGUUAAGUGAAACUGAAGAGAGCCCACGUGGGAAUUCAAGCACAUGGAAGAGAGGAGAGAGUCUCACCUUGAGUGAAAUUGCAGAACAUUUAGACAAGGACACUUUAAAAACUCUGAAGAAUGAAUAUGGAGGCCUACAGACUUUGCUUAGAAACAAUCAUCAAGUGUUUGAAGUUCUAAAUGGAAAGGUUCAUAUUCGUGACUGGAGAGAAUGGAAGCCACCAAGGAAAAACAAGUCAGGAAAGCAGGUUAAACAACUCCUUCCUUCUAAAGCAUUUAAAACUUGCCUAUGUUGGUUUUACCUUCACCAUCCACGUGGUUGUCCUCUGACUUCAGAAUCCUGUCACUAUGCUCAUGGGACUGAGGAGCUGAAGCCAUCACUGACUGUGCCAAAGAAAGUUAAUGCCAAGCAAUAAAGAUUUGCUAAUUAAACUUACUCAGAUAGAUUUCUGAUUUAGUUUCAUGUGCAGUUAUGAACAGCACAUGUCUACAUUCUGACAUCUACAUCCUGUUUGUGGUUGCUUCACAUCUCUGUGUAGGAGAGUGAAGAUUUGGAAAUCAGCUCUUGGAACUUCUGUAGUUUAUUAAUAUACAAAGUUGAUGUUCUUCAGUGUUCUUAGAGUGACUUUGAGUAUAGUUUUUUUUCUUUGCUUUGCUAAGCAUGCAAACACUUCCAUGUCUCAGAACAUCCUUGCGUAAUUCUGCCUCUGAAAUUGCGUCUUCAAUGGGGCAAGUACUACCACAUGACUUCGCAAUACACCAUAAUUCCUAUUAUUUCUGCUUUCUACAUUCACACAUAGGACACCAGCUAGUAUGGGGAAGGACCUGCCUUCGGGCCAGUCAGUUAUCUUAUUUUUCUCAAGAAUCCUAUUCAUUGUAGGAUGUGAUACAUUUCUCAUGUUAUUCAUAUUAAUGGAGUUCAUACGA